GUUGCUAACGCCAUUUUUGUUAUACACUCGAAGCUUCAUAAGGUGAUUUUUUUUUACUCAUAGGCGAAUUGCGUUGGUGCGAAAGAGAAAGUCGAAUAAGAUAGCAUUACGAAGCUGCAACUGGCCCGAAUAUUUUCUUCAAAGCUUAUUUACGACGUUUCUCAUUGUCUAUGCUGUAGAUACGCAUCCCGAGCGAUACAUACGGUGUAAAGUUUAUUAACAAAUGUAUAGUAAAAAUGAAGGAAAACGCUGUACUUAAGUGGCAAAAAGUGUACAAUCCCAGUGGCCCUCAACCAAGACCCCGCCAUGGCCAUCGCGCUGUUGCUAUAAAAGAUUUAAUGAUAGUUUUCGGCGGCGGAAAUGAAGGAAUCGUUCACGAGCUUCACGUCUUCAACACCACCACAAACCAGUGGUUCGUCCCUGUCACGAAGGGAGAAGUUCCUCCAGGAUGCGCCGCCUACGGCUUCGUGGUCGACGGUACCCGUCUCUUGGUGUUUGGCGGCAUGGUAGAGUACGGCAAGUAUUCUAACGAUCUGUAUGAACUGCAAGCUUCCAGAUGGGAGUGGAAACGGUUAAAGCCGUUGCCCCCCAAGCAGGGCCUGCCACCGUGCCCACGGCUCGGCCACAGCUUCACACUGCUAAAUGGUAAGGUAUAUCUUUUUGGUGGGUUGGCAAACGAGAGCGAUGACCCCAAGAACAAUAUACCGAGAUAUCUGAACGAUUUGUAUACUUUGGAAAUGUACCCUAAUUCAUCAAUGACCGUCUGGGAUAUUCCACUGACCUAUGGGCAGUCUCCUCCUCCGCGCGAAUCUCACAGCGGCGUCUCCUACACGGACAAGAAUUCUGGAAAAUCCUCUCUGAUCAUAUAUGGAGGUAUGAGUGGAUCACGUCUAGGAGACCUGUGGGUGCUGGAUGUAGAUAGCAUGUCAUGGUCUCGACCAGACCUUGGUGGCCCGGCUCCCUUACCACGCUCCCUGCACACUGCUACAGUCAUUGGCCAUCACAUGUAUGUGUAUGGAGGGUGGGUGCCAUUAGUACCCGAUGAAUCUAAACUUGCCACUCAUGAGAAGGAGUGGAAAUGCACCAAUACUCUUGCUUCUCUCAACUUGGAGACCAUGACGUGGGAUAGCAUUGCCUUGGACAAGUUUGAAGAAUGUGUGCCAAGAGCACGUGCGGGUCACAGCGCUGUGGCUAUUCAGACUAGACUGUACAUCUGGUCGGGCAGGGAUGGCUACAGGAAAACAUGGAACAAUCAGAUUUGCUGCAAGGAUCUAUGGUAUCUGGAAGUUGGAGUGCCCCCACAGGCUGGCCGAGUUGCUUUAGUUAGAGCGGGGACAACUUCAUUGGAGCUGAGUUGGCCGGCCAUGAACACUGUCACAACGUAUCUGCUGCAAGUUCAGAAAUGUGGAAAAGUGACCCCAGCACGUUUCCCCGCUGCCGCUGAACCUGUCGCCGCGCCCCCGCCCGCUUCGCCCAUAGCCCAACCAGAUGCAACAAAAGCCUUUGGGUUGACUUCGCCCGUCACCACCAGCUCGCCCGCCACGCCUGCAGAGCUCCCGGCGCGACCGAUAGCCGCAAUCGCGUCCCCUAUCAGCGCGAUUGCCGCUCCCAUCACUUCUACACCGCAGAAGGUCAUGUCGGGGGCGAUUAGGAUGCCGUCACAGCAGGCCACCGUCAAAAUAUCCCCCAACACUCCCACGAUCAAGCAGACUUACCAGGGCAAGGUCGUCAAGUCUCCGGCGCCGGGCUCCUCGCAGCAGAUCAAGGUGGCCGCCGUGACGCCACAGGGCGUAACUCGCAUCGUGAGCGGCGUGGGCACGCCCAGCACAGUUCGCGUGUCCACUGCGCAGUCGUCGCAACAAAUCGUCAUCGGCACGGCGGGUGGCGUGGCGGGCUCGCCGCGCUUCGUGCAGGUGAAGACUGGCUCGGGCGGCAUGCCCGUCAAGCUUGGCAGCGGCAACAUGCCGGUCAAGCUAGCCGGCAACGCGAUGCCGCUCAAGCUGGGAACCAACCUCCACGGCAAGAUCGCCAACAGCGUGCAGAAAGUGGGCACUCCACUCAAGCUGGGCCCCGGCAACGUGAAAAUCGGCACAAGCAACGUGCUGGUGAAGACGGCGGGCGGCGUGCCUGUGCAAGCCGGCGUGCAGGCUAAGGUGGCGGCCGGCGUGCCCGUCAAGCUGGGCGCUGGUGGCAUGCCCGUGCUGAGCGGCGGCGGCGCCAUCAAGCUCGCGGGGCAGCAGAUGAACGCGCCCGUGUACAAGAUCGUGACGGCCAAGUCGGGCGAGCAGGUGGCCACGACGGCGGCGGGCGGCGCGGGCGCGACUGUGCUGCGGCAGGCGGGCGGCAACGCGGGCAUCCCCGUUAUCAUCAAGAAGACGCCGGGCGGAGGUGCGCAGGCGGGCGGCGCGCCGCAGUACGUGACGCUGGUGAAGACGUCGACGGGCAUGACCGUGGCCACGGUGCCCAAGAUGGCCAUGAUGCAGAACCGGCCUGCGGUGCCGGUCAGCUCCGCGCAGGGGCUCGCACCGGGCGCCACCAUCGUGAAACUGGUCUCGGCCAACUCUGUGGGUGGCAACAAGAUAAUCACGCUGCCGUCCAACAUGCUGCAGCUGGGUAAGGCGGGCGUGGGCGGCAAGCAGACGAUUGUCAUCACCAAGUCCGCAAACCAGGCGCAACAGAGCCAGCCGCAGUGAGGUCCGAGCCGCGCGCCGCGUCGCCGCGCCCGAGAGUCCCCGAGACCUCCGCUCGGCGCCGGCCCCAGGCGGCUGGUGACGAUUGAGGUAUCUCUAGAUUGUAAAUUUCCACGAGAACAGCAGUGAGGUGAUACUAUAAUAAUAUAUCAUAGGAUGUUUUAAAUCACUUGUAUGUUAAUGGGUCUGUAACAAAUGUUCUCCUGAGAAAUUUACUAAAAUAUUUUAUUUACUCUUGUAAUAAUUUUAUUUGGAAGUUGUCUGUUUGCACUGUGAAUCCUAACUCACAAUGAUCUGUCUAUAUUGUUAUACAGCUCAAAGUAAUAUUUGCUUGAAGCUCUGUCUAAAGUGGAUAUUCCUCACAUCUGUGACCUAGUUGUUACUAGACUAUGCGAAAGUGCCUGCCGAGCGGCCCUCCCUGCCGCGAUAGUGAAAAGGACGUUAGGCGAAGGGAGAACUAGAGUAUCACUUGUAAACUUAAAUAAUAAUUAGAUUUUAAAAAGUUAAUUCUAUUUGAAGUUUAUUAUUUUGUGUUUAUAGAUUUAUUUCUAAAUUAGAAUAUUUUUGUAUGUAAUGAUAUCAUAAGGAGUAAAUAAUAUACUGCAUAGACCACAAUCAUGACCAAAUACUGCCACCUGGAACUUGAACUGUGCGAUGGGCACAAGCUAUAACUAAUAUCAAAGAUUUUUGUCAUACUAUCUCACAAAUUAUCAGGCUUCAUGUUUAAUAUUAAUACUGGUGAUCUAAAACACUUUUUGUAGCAAACCUGAGUCUGAAUAUAUCAAGUGACUGUUACAUUUCAUGAGUGAUUAGUUUUUGAACCACUCUUAAGAGAGGGCCCCUUCACUCAAUAUGAAUGGAGUCAAAUUCAUAUGUAUGAAUAAAAUCUUCGAUUUCCAUCUUGUUUUCCUUGCAUCAGUUUAAGUUCUUUGUUUUCAUUGUGAAGGUUGUCACUUGAGCUUUGGACAGACGGCUGGGCAUACUCUGUAUUGGAUAGUAAUAUAUUGAUACCUGCUUUUGAUGGCUGAAUCUCAGGAGUGUCACCAAGUGCAGAGUCCUAGUAUCAGCCAUUAGAAACACGCUUUAGAAUUAGUUAAAUCACAAUAUAAUAUAAUAUUAUUCACUAUUUAAGUUUUGUUUAUGGCAAACCAUUGUUGAUGUUUAUGUGGUGUUUUCAGUGUUGGAUCUAUGAUGUGGAUGUGUUCCAUCAUUUUUAUAUGAGACUAUAUUUCGUGUUUGGAGGCUAUUUUUAUUUGUUUCCACUCCACUGAUUGAAAUGCAUUGCUUAGGUAAAAGCUUGUCAUUAGAAACUGACUAUAGUGUAUUGCAAAGUGUACACAAUAAGAAAUGUAUUUAUUGAAAUUGAAUUGUUUUAACUGAGGGGAAAAUUCUUAGGAUUCCCAAUGCAGCCUGAUCUGAUUUGAAACUCAUACAGGUAUGCUUCUGAUAAAUCACUUGUUUAUACACCUAUCCGCAGAAAUAAACAAGUGCCUGUGUAAAUUUUUAUAAUUCUCUAAAGCAAUUCAAUAUCGAGAUACAUCUACAUCCCUAUAGAGAAAGCUUUGUUAAAAUAGAAUUAUUAAUUAAGAAUGUACAACAAGGUCUAUAUUCUCUUCUGUCUUUAUAAUAUCUACACAUAGGCAAACCAUGCGAUGGGGAACAGAAAUAUACAAAAUUUGAACUAAACUAUUAUUAAAACCUUAACAUUAUUUUUUUAUUUAUUCACACUUUCAUUCAUUGAUCUAGUCUAAUAAUAUAUGAGUCCCCUUCAAAUUAGCAUUACCCAACUUUUAGAAGUUUGAAAGUAUACGAUUUUGAAUUUUGGUCUUGGAGUAGGGCUUAAAUGUGAAGGUGCAUUAUUUUAGUCAUGGUAAAGAGUCAAUCAGUAUAUGUAUUGAUCCUAUAUAAGUGGACAAUUAUACUAUAGAGUAUGUGCUAAAUUUGGCCUUAUGCUCAGCAGAGCUGUUGAGCUUCUUAAUGGGAAUUCAAUGGGAUAUUGAAAAGUUUCAAGCAAUGAAACACAUAAAUUGUGUUAUGAAGCUUGCUAUGGUUGUGGUAUUUCUUUCAUUCUUCAAAGAGAUCUUUCCAUAUUUUUGAUAAUACAUGAUUUUUAAUCCCAAGCAAGUGGUUAUAAUGACAAAAUUUGUUCAAUAAAUAUUAUUUAGCGUCUCCUUAAAUCAAACUAAUAUCUUUUUAUUUUGUCAGUCAGUUUAAGGUCUAUAAAAAAUCAUGCCUGAGAUAUGAUAGUCCUAACAGAAUAUGUUCUGAGAGGGGGAUAGCUAUUUUGAAGGGGUGCUUAGGGAAGGCUGAAAGUUUGUAAGGUUUUACCAGAGGAUGACAAACUGGAUAUUGCAACUUACCAUGUGCAUUUUGGAUUGCUUCAUAAAGCAUGUUUUGCCACGAUUCUGACCGACUGCCGCCAUUCAUUAGGUCUUUGCAGAAUCUUAUGCUGUUUUAUCACAACACGACAUUUGAAUUAUUUGGCGAAAAAAAAAAUUUACAGUUAGCUCCUGAGUGUGAAGUUUACAGUACAAUAUGAUAUAAAUAAAAAUAUGAUCUUUACUAA